ACCCCUAGGAUGCGGACAGUAACGUGUUUCACAGCAUAAAGUGUAUUAUCACUCUACUUUAGAAUGAAGACCAUUCUCAGCAGUCAGACUGUUGACAUCCCCAACAAUGUUGAGGUGAGGUUGAAGGGGCGGACUGUGAUAGUCAAGGGCCCCCGUGGCAAACUCCACAGGGAGUUCAACCACAUCAACCUGGAGCUCAGCCUGCUGGGCAAGAAACAGAAGAAGCUUCGCGUGGAUAAAUGGUGGGGAAACAGGAAGGAGCUGGCCACAGUCCGCACCAUCUGCAGCCACGUCCAGAACAUGAUCAAAGGCGUCACUCUGGGUUUCCGGUACAAAAUGCGUUCUGUGUACGCCCAUUUCCCCAUCAACGUAGUCAUUCAGGAGAGUGGAACACUGGUGGAGAUCAGGAACUUCCUGGGAGAGAAAUACAUCCGCCGUGUCCGAAUGAGGCCUGGUGUGAUGUGCGCAGUCUCAGCUGCCCAGAAGGACGAGUUGGUCCUGGAGGGUAAUGACAUCGAGCUGGUGUCAAACUCAGCUGCUCUCAUCCAGCAGGCCACCACAGUCAAAAACAAGGAUAUCAGGAAGUUCUUGGAUGGGAUUUACGUGUCUGAGAAGGGAACAGUUUUGGAACCGGAUCAGUAAACGCUAUAUCUGCAUUCAUAGAGUUGCCUUGACCCAACAGGCCGCUGCGGUAAGAAAGGAGGACAACAGGAAGUUCCUGGCUGGCAUCUACAUCAACAUGAAGGCCACUGUGGUGGAGUGUGAUGCUGAAUCAAUAUUUACCAUGUUCUCUGUGACAAUUAAAGCUACAAACUUUUCCAUUUAAUCUG